AUGUAUCCUUCAUCCUCGCCAUCCAACAAAUCUUUCAUGAGUUAUUACAGUCCAAAGAUGGGCUCAACUCCUCCUUCUCAUCUUUCCGCUCAUCACCAAUACCAUCACCAUUCUCAUCAUUCUCACCAUAGUCCUUCUUCUACCAACACAGCUUUGAGCAGCUUGUUGAAUUCAGCACAAGCAUUGUUGUCUCCUAACAGUAGUAAUACUCAAUUCAUGAGUCAACAACCUCAUCAUCAACCCUCUCAAGCUGUGAGUAGUGGUGUUUUAAAUCCGAGCACUACUAAAUUCGGACCUCACAUUUUUGAUAGCUACUUGGAAUUGCAAGAUGGUACAAGAUACUAUGGUAAGGCUUUUGGAGCUACCAAGUGCAUGAAUGAAAAGGAUACCAAUUGGGAUACAUCAUUCUCUGUAAGUGGUGAAUGUGUAUUUACCACUGCAAUGGUUGGGUAUCCAGAGUCUUUGACAGAUCCAUCGUAUCAAGGACAAAUAUUGGUGUUAACUUUUCCACUUGUGGGUAAUUAUGGAGCUCCUCCAUUCAAGAAAAAUCAAUUACCUUCUGCAGCUACUAUGAACAAUACUAUGGCCAAUGAAUAUGUUGAUGAUUUUGGUUUGUUACCUCGUUUAGAGAGUGACAGAAUUCAUAUUCGAGGAUUAAUUGUUCAAGAUUAUUCUCACAAUUAUUCUCAUUAUGAAGCUAUUUGUUCACUUCAUCGUUGGCUACAAGAAUAUAAUAUUCCAGGUAUUUAUCACGUUGAUACCAGAGCAAUCACAAAGAAAUUAAGAAAUGAACGCUCCAUGCUUGGCAGAAUUGUCACAGACAUUAAUGCUGCAGAUGAGAUGAUAAAGUUAUGUAAGGAACUUAACUGGUAUGAUCCAGGUGCAGAUCCAGACAUUAUUACACAAGUAACAUGUAAGGAAGUCAAAGUAUACGGGCAUGGAAAUACCUUUAAGGUUAUUGCAAUUGACUGCGGAAUGAAAUAUAACAUUAUUAGAGAGCUUGUGAAGAGAGACAUUGAAUUGAAGGUAGUUCCAUUCAAUUACAAUUGGGUUGAAGAAGUUGACCAUUUGGAUGGUCUAUUUAUUAGCAAUGGACCAGGUAAUCCAAACAAUUUUGUUUCUACAAUUGAGUAUUUAAAGGAUUAUAUUAGAAAAGCAUCAUCAAAGGAAUUACCAAUGAUCCCUAUAUUUGGAAUUUGUUUGGGUAACCAACUUGUUGGUAGAGCUGUUGGAGCAUCUGUUUACAAAUUACCAUUUGGUAAUCGUGGUCACAAUCAACCUGUAAUUGACCAAUUGACAAGAAAAUGUUUUAUAACCUCCCAAAAUCAUGGUUAUGCUGUUGAUAACUCCAGUCUACCCUACAACUUCAAACCAUACUUUAUUAACGCAAACGACAACAGUAACGAAGGAAUUUAUUGCACAAACAUGCCAAUUUUCACUUCACAAUUCCAUCCUGAAGCCAAAGGAGGUCCAGAGGACACCUUCUUCCUUUUCGACCAAUUUGUUGACUUGAUGAAAUUGAAAUGUAAUGGCAAAUUGUUAGAAAUUACCAACUUCGAGUCACACUACAGCAAGGUGUUUGUAAGACAUCAUAAGAAUAUGAGAACCAAAUUUAAUGAACUUUUGCAAUCUAUUGAGGAUACAUCAGACAUUAGCACACCAAUUUUCCAACAACAAGAAAUAUUGAUGAAGAAGAGUAUCUUCUCGGCUGAAUAUAAGAGAGAUCCGUCACAAAAACGAGAAAAAUCAAUUUCCAAGAAACCUCCUCUCCCAAAGAAAGUUAUUGUGCUUGGAAGUGGUGGUCUUCAAAUUGGACAAGCAGGUGAAUUUGAUUACAGUGGUUCACAAUGUAUUAAGGCCCUCAAAGAAGAGGGAAUCUUUACAAUUUUAAUUAACCCAAAUAUUGCUACAGUCCAGACAUCGAAGGAACUUGCUGAUAGAGUAUACUUCGGCCCAGUUACUCCAGAUUUUGUUGAAAAAGUUAUUGAAAAGGAAGCAGCAGAUGGAUUGUUACUCUCAUUCGGAGGUCAGACAGCACUAAAUUGUGGUGUUCAAUUGCACAAGAGUGGUGUGUUGGAAACAUUAGGAUGUAGAGUAUUAGGUACGCCAGUUCAAUCUAUUAUUGAUACCGAAGAUAGAGAUAUUUUCAAUCAAAAGAUGAGAGAAAUUGGCCAACCAGUUGCCGAUUCAUGUGCAUGUGACAAUGUCGAUGAAGCCAUUGUUAGUGCACACAAAAUUGGAUUCCCAGUGAUCGUGAGAGCUGCUUUCGCUUUGGGUGGUCUUGGUUCUGGUUUUGCAAAUGAUGAAAGAGAGUUAAGAGAAUUAGCUACUCAAGCAUUAAGCUCAUCUCCUCAAAUUCUUGUCGAAAAGAGUGUUAAAGGAUGGAAAGAGAUUGAAUAUGAAGUUGUAAGAGACUCUAACGACAAUUGCAUUACAGUUUGUAACAUGGAAAACUUUGAUCCUGUUGGCAUCCAUACUGGUGAGUCAAUUGUCGUUGCUCCUUCUCAAACUCUUAAUAAUGACGAAUAUCAUAUGCUCAGAACUGCAGCUAUUAAGGUGAUUAGACACUUGGGAAUUGUUGGAGAAUGUAAUAUUCAAUAUGCUCUCAAUCCUUACAGUAGAGAAUAUGUAAUCAUUGAAGUCAAUGCUCGUCUUAGUAGAAGCUCUGCCUUAGCAAGCAAAGCCACAGGAUAUCCUCUUGCUUUUGUUGCUGCGAAGCUCUCAUUGGGAAUGGAAUUAAUUGAUAUUAAGAAUUCAGUGACAAAGGAAACUACUGCAUGCUUUGAGCCAGCUCUUGACUAUUGUGUUGUUAAAAUGCCAAGAUGGGAUUUGAAAAAGUUUGUUCGUGUCUCUACUAACAUUGGAAGUGCAAUGAAGAGCGUUGGUGAAGUCAUGGCUAUUGGUCGUAAUUUUGAAGAAGCCAUUCAAAAAGCUAUUCGUAUGGUCAACACGAGUUAUAGAGGAUUUGAAACCACUGGAUCACUAUUUGAUUAUGAAAAGCUAUUGAAGACCAUUCCAAAUAACAUUAUUCAACCAAAUAGCAAUCCAUUUGCAAUUCCAACAGUGAUCAAUGCUAAGGAAGAGGUUAAACAAAGAGUAAUUAGAGAAUUGUUACAUCCAACAGAUCAAAGAAUUUUCGCAAUUGCUCUGGCCAUGGACUUGUUUGACAUGACCGUAGACCAAAUUCAUCAAUUCACACAAAUUGAUCGUUGGUUCUUGUACAAGCUCAAUAACAUUGUACAAACCAGAAAGGCACUCAAAGGAGUCGGCAAGUAUAUGCAAUCAACUGUUGACAUUCCAUACCCUCUCUUAAUUCUCUCAAAGCAGCAAGGUUUCUCAGAUUUGCAAAUAGCAUCUUACCUUCCAAACUCUGUGUUCCAAAACUUUGUUCCAGAUUCGUCUUUCCCUUACAAAUUAUCCUCAAAAGAUCAUUUAACAAAUAUUGAUAAGGAAUUGAUCGUUAGAUAUGUCAGAAAGUAUAUUCACAAGAUUCAACCAAUUGUUAAACAAAUUGACACCUUAGCAGCAGAGUAUCCUGCCCAAACAAAUUAUCUUUAUACAACCUAUAACGCUGGAAUCAACAGCAUUGCAUUACCUGAUGAGAAAUCCCAAAAUAAGUCCAAAUUUGUAUAUCCUGAUCAUCAUCUCCACCAUGAUGUGACAUUUAAUGAUAAGGGUGUUAUGGUUUUGGGAAGUGGAGUUUAUAGAAUUGGUAGCAGUGUAGAAUUUGAUUAUUGUGGUGUGAUGUGUAUUCGUGAGUUAAGAAGAUUAGGAUUUAAGACUGUCAUGAUCAAUUACAAUCCAGAAACUGUUUCUACUGAUUAUGACGAACCAGAUCGCCUCUAUUUUGAAGAACUGAGUCUUGAAAGAGUGAUGGAUAUUUAUGAACAAGAAUCAUGUUCUAGUGCUAUAAUUAGCGUUGGAGGUCAACAACCCAAUAACAUUGCUCUUCCUCUCGAUAAGCAAUGUAAUGUGAAUAUUCUUGGAACAAGUGCAGAUUCCAUUGACUCAUGUGAAGACAGAAACAAGUUCAGCAAACUUUUAGAUUCUCUUGUCGACAAUCGAGGAGAGAAACUUGUCUAUCAACCUGAGUGGGCUGCUCUAACUACUGUUGAAGAUGCUCUUUAUUUUGCCAACAAGGUUCAAUACCCAGUUUUGAUUAGACCAAGUUAUGUAUUGAGUGGUGCAGCUAUGAAUGUGGCGUACUCAGACACUGAAUUAUUACAACAAUUGUAUGAAGCUGCUGACGUUUCAAGCGAACAUCCUGUUGUUAUUUCCAAGUUCUAUGAAAACGCCAAAGAAAUUGAAAUUGAUGGUGUUGCUCAAAAUGGAUUUAUUAUCAUUGAUGCUAUCAGUGAGCAUGUAGAAAGAGCAGGAACUCAUAGUGGAGAUGCUACUUUAAUUUGUCCACCUUACAGCUUGAGUUUUGAUAUUCAAGAUCUUAUUAGAGAAAAGGCAGCUCUUAUUGCCAAAGCACUUAACAUUAGUGGUCCAUUCAAUAUGCAAUUCCUCUUUGAUAAUGAACUUCCACAUGACAGUGCGAACAAUACUCAACCAUCUUCAUGGAGUGACGAAGAGGAAGACCCACAAGAGGAAGCUCUCAAGUUAUAUAGAAGUUUAUCAAAGAGAUUGAGAGUUAUUGAAUGCAAUUUAAGAGCCUCAAGAUCAUUCCCAUUCGUAUCAAAGACUCUUGAUUUGGACUUUAUCGCCCUAGCAGCCAAAGUUUUCACAAAUACCUUCCUUUUACCAUCAAAUAUUGAGCAAAUGACAUCCAAACAGAAAGUACCAACUCAAAAUUAUUAUGAGCAAAUGAAUUUAUUGAAUGAAAUUGCUCAACUACGUUCCAAUAAUCAACAGCAACAAUCCUCUCCAAAUCACAAUGAGUUGAUUGAUAAAUACUCAAUGACCUAUGAAUCCAUUCAAAGAAAACGAUUCUGUAAAUCGUUCUACGGAUGUAAGACUCCAAUGUUUUCAUUCAAGAGAUUGGCUGAUUGUGAUCCAAAAUUGGGUGUAGAAAUGGCCAGUACUGGUGAAGUGGCAUGCUUUGGACAAACUGUCAGAGAUGCCUUCUUAAAGGGCAUGAGUAGUGCAUUCCCAAAUUUACCAACUUCAUUAGAUCAUCGUAGUAAGAGCGUGUUAAUUGCCUCAUUCCCUCACUCAACCAAGGCCAAUAUGGAGUUAAUUAACCAUUUACUUCAAUCUAUUUACAUUCUAUAUCAACAUUUACGAUACACUAUUUAUGUUUCACCCUACGUUGCUGAGAAAUUGUCUCAAAACUUACCCCAGCUCAAAUAUCACGUGCUACAGUUGCAGCAAUAUGUGCCGCUUGAUGAAAGAGGAAUUUGUCUUGCCAGCCAAUUGAAGUUAGACGAGGAGGCUGAGAUUUUGAAGAAGAUUGGCUCUGACAUUAGCAUGAUUGUUGACGUUCCAUUCCCAGACAACAACCAAAAGUUAAAGGAACAACAUUAUCUCAUCAGACGAAAAGCAAUCAAUUACGAUAGACAUUUAUUCAACAACUACGAAGUGUUUAACCUGUAUGUGAAAUGUUUAAAGGAUUUGAAAGACAAGAAGCAAAAUUUGGAUACAUUGAAUGUUAACCCAUACUCGCAUUACCUUGAACUUCAAGCUACAGACUUGAGACUUUGUUAA